CCCCCUGAGCGACACCACCAGGUGAGGGAGCCGCGGGGGGCAGCGCGGGGGCCAGCAGGGUAGGGGCCGCGGGCCCUGCGUACGGUUUGGGGUGCCUUCCCCUGAGGGGGAAGGGAUGACGCGGAGUGGUGUUGGGGGAGGCGGCUGGCGAUUCCAGGGGACGCUAGGAAAAGGAAGUUCCGGGACCCUCCCUGCUCCUGGCCCACCUCCGCUUCCUGCCUUAUGCCUCACCUUGUCCUCAGAGUCCGGACUCUCCCUAACAGCUUGGGAAAUGUGACCUUUACACUGGGGGGGCCUGUCCCUGCAGGCCCCCAAGCCUUCGCACAUCCCUGGAGGCUCCCUUGGGCCUCUGACCUAACCCUUCCCCAGCCAGGCUCUUGAGCUGGCUCCUAGGACUGUGCCCUGGGCACAAGUGGGCACCUGCGCCAGCCCCACCUGUGCCUGCCCCACCUGUGCCCGGGCUGUGCCCUUUUCUACAGGGCGCUCACCAUGGCCCCACCACUUCUGCUGUUGCUGCUGGCCAGUGGAGCAGCUGCCUGCCCACUGCCCUGUGUCUGCCAGAAUCUGUCGGAGUCGCUGAGCACCCUUUGUGCCCACCGAGGCCUGCUGUUUGUGCCACCCAACGUGGACCGGCGCACAGUGGAGCUGAGACUGGCUGACAACUUCAUCCAGGCCCUGGGGCCACCUGACUUCCGCAACAUGACUGGGCUGGUGGACCUGACGCUAUCCCGCAAUGCCAUCACUCGCAUUGGGGCCCGCGCCUUUGGGGACCUGGAGAGCCUGCGUUCCCUGCACCUGGAUGGCAACAGGCUGGUGGAACUGGGCACUGGCAGCCUGCGGGGGCCCGUCAAUCUGCAGCACCUCAUCCUCAGCGGCAACCAACUGGGCCGCAUCGCGCCAGGGGCCUUUGACGACUUCCUGGACAGCCUGGAGGACCUGGACCUGUCCUACAACAACCUCCGGCAGGUGCCCUGGGCUGGCAUCGGGGCCAUGCCAGCCCUGCACACCCUGAACCUGGACCACAACCUCAUUGACGCGCUUCCUCCGGGUGCGUUCGCCCAGCUGGGGCAGCUCUCCCGCCUUGACCUCACCUCCAACCGCCUGGCCACACUGGCGCCUGACCCACUCUUCUCCCGGGGGCGGGACGCGGAGGCCUCCCCUGCCCCCCUGGUGCUGAGCUUCAGCGGGAACCCCCUGCACUGCAACUGUGAGCUGCUGUGGCUGCGGCGGCUGGCCCGGCCUGAUGACCUGGAGACGUCCGGCCUGGCUGGCCGCUACUUCUGGGCGGUGCCCGAGGGCGAGUUCUCCUGUGAGCCGCCCCUCAUUGCCCGCCACACGCAGCGCCUCUGGGUGCUGGAAGGCCAGCGGGCCACGCUGCGGUGCCGGGCGCUUGGCGACCCUGUGCCUACCAUGCACUGGGUUGGCCCUGAUGACCGCCUGGUUGGCAACUCCUCCCGAGCCCGGGCUUUCCCCAACGGAACCCUGGAGAUUGGGGUGACAGGCGCUGGGGAUGCAGGGGGCUACACGUGCAUCGCCACCAACCCUGCGGGUGAGGCCACAGCCCGAGUAGAACUGCGGGUUCUGGCUUUGCCCCAUGGUGGGAAUGCCAGUGCUGAGGGGGGCCACCCCGGGCCCUCGGACAUUGCUGCCUCGGCUCGCACUGCAGCCGAAGGAGAGGGGACUCUGGAGUCAGAGCCAGCUGUGCAGGUGACAGAGGUGACUGCCACUUCAGGGCUGGUGAGCUGGGGGCCAGGGCGGCCAGCUGAUCCCGUGUGGAUGUUCCAGAUCCAGUACAACAGCAGUGAGGACGAGACCCUCAUCUACCGGAUCGUCCCAGCCUCCAGCCACCACUUCCUGCUCAAGCACCUGGUUCCCGGGGCCGACUAUGACCUCUGCCUGCUGGCCCUGUCACCUGCUGCUGGGCCCUCCGACCUCACGGCCACCAGGCUGCUGGGCUGUGCCCACUUCUCCACACUGCCAGCCACGCCUCUGUGCCAUGCCCUGCAGGCCCAUGUACUGGGCGGGACCCUGACCGUGGCUGUGGGGGGUGUGCUGGUGGCUGCCUUACUGGUCUUCACUGUGGCCUUGCUGGUUCGGGGCCGGGGGGCCGGGAAUGGCCGCCUCCCCCUCAAGCUCAGUCACGUGCAAUCCCAGACCAAUGGAGGCCCCAGUCCCACCACCAAGACCCCCCCGCCGCGGAGCCCCCCACCACGCCCACAGCGCAGCUGCUCCCUGGACCUGGGAGAUGCUGGCGGGUGCUACGGUUAUGCCAGGCGCCUGGGGGGAGCCUGGGCCCGACGGAGCCACUCUGUGCAUGGGGGGCUCCUGGGCGCAGGGUGCCGGGGGGUGGGAGGCAGCGCUGAGCGGCUGGAGGAGAGUGUGGUAUGAUGGGAGGGGCAUCCUCCCUUGUGCUCUGAGGGUCAGCCGCACAGGGCAGGGGCCUGGGGCAGCCAGUCCGACCUGCGAGAGCAGCACCGCCCGGGAGCCCGGCCCUGGUUUUCCUCUCGGUACCUCAGGCUCCCCUGCGCCCUUGGUGGGACAGGGAGCUCUUUCCUUGGUACUGGUCUCCAGACUAGGGUAAGGGGACAAGUCCCUCCAACAGGUGCUCAUGGCCACUAAGGCAGGGGUUGCAGCCACCAAGUGGGAGUCUUGUUUUUAUUUAUAAUAAAAUUGUUGAGGACACCUCA